AUGACUCGAAUAGCUUUAAAGAUCUUGACGAUAGCCGACGAAGAAAGAACGAAGGAGAUUAACAAAGAGAUCGAGGCUAUUAAUAAGAAGAUCGAGGCUACGGGUACGGAAAAGGGAUUCGGCAACGGACUUUUAAAAGAUUCCGGAUCCGGAAAUAAGCUUUUUAAGGACCUUAGAAAAGUAAGACUUACAAUCGGCAACUAUAUCGAUAACCUUUUACCGAUCCGACUAUUAGCUAAGCACGGCACGCUUGCGUACGGUACUUUAAGCGCUUUUAACGAUGAUAAUGACGAUUUCUUUAAGCUAAGAGCAACAGACCUUUAUUUAAGAGCAAAGGAGUUGGCUUUGUUUGCAAGAAGCUUUCUUAAAGAGCUGAAUCGGUACGGUUUGACUUUAAACGACUACUUGGCGGCGUUCUUUAUUAUGUUGACGAAAGAAGCUAUAACCUUUUAUUACAAUCAUAUGAUUAAGGCUAAGCUUCUUACGUUUAAAGCGAACGCUAUUGUUAUAAGAGACCACUUCGAGACUGACUAUCGGCGGCAAGCAAAAUACGACCGUUAA